CCCUGUGUAUUCAUUUCUCUGGAAGUCAUUUCUCUGGAAGAGUGAAGAAGAAAGCAAUGGCAGCUUUGGGGUUAGAGAUAUUGGGCGUCACAUUGGCUGCUCUGGGCUGGAUUGUUGGCAUCGUGUCCUGCGCUUUGCCAAUGUGGAGGGUGACCGCCUUCAUCGGCUCUAACAUUGUGACGGCACAGAUAAUCUGGCAGGGUAUCUGGAUGGACUGUGUAGUACAAAGCACAGGUCAGAUGCAGUGUAAAGUCUAUGACUCCAUGCUGGCACUGCCCCAAGACCUACAAGCAGCUCGAGCUCUGUGUGUGAUCGCCAUCAUGCUGGGAGUGUUGGGAGUCUUGAUCUCUGUCGCAGGGGCUAAAUGCACCAACUGCAUCGAGGAUGAGCGCACAAAGGCCAAGGUGAUAAUCGGCGCUGGUGUGACGUUCAUCUGUGCUGCUGUCAUGGAGUUGAUCCCGGUGUCCUGGUCGGCCCACACGAUCAUCAUGGAUUUCUACAACCCGACGAUAGUGGAGGCACAGAAACGAGAGAUUGGAGCGUCUCUCUACCUAGGAUGGGCGGCUGCCGCUUUGCUGCUGACGGGGGGAGCGAUUCUGUGCUGCAGCUGCCCACCAAAGCAAGAGAGUAGGUACAGUACAGGGAACAGGAUGGUCUACUCCACCACACGAUCUGUACCACCCAGUACCUAUGACAGAAAAGAUUAUGUUUGAGCUAAUGAGAGAGAUGAAGAAAGAAGGAUUCAAGUCUGACUUUGACUAUGGAGAUGAAAGACUGUUAACUCUCUGAUGCAAAGGAGCAAAAAUGUCUCUGUGUGUCAAAUUAAGAAAUGCAGUAGGGUUUCCUUCAUGACUGACGGAACAUCUCCGUUACUUGCUUUGAACGAAGCUGUUAUGUUUUUGUGUAUGCUAUGUUCUGCAUAUUAACCGUGCGGCACGUUUGCUAUCGUAACUGUAUCGUUUGCUUUCUUUAAAGUUUUCUUACAAGUAAGAGAUUUUUUUUUUUUGUUAAGAAAAUCAACUUUUUCUUCAAAAGAUUUUUUUAAAGAAAAAAAAAAAGAAAAAAAAAGAAAAAUAAAACAACAUGCCAAAAACUUGUGCAUUGUGGUGGUUGCAAAUUAUAUAUACUGUAUAAUGCUUAUGUUUAAUAAGUUCUGUAUCAUAGUAUAAUAAACUAAACCGACAUGA